AUGGCGGAGCCGUUUGCUGCAGGAGAGGCGGCGGGCCAGGUGUGCCCCUUCGAGUUCAAAAGGCCCAGCCGCAAAGGGGCUGCAGGCCUUCGGAAGCGCCUGGCCUGCGACCCGGAGCCUGGGGACAGUAGUGGCGGGGACGAGGGCGGCUCCGCGGUUCGCCGCGCGGAGAGGCGGGGGCCUGCCCGCAAUCCCUUGAUCCAGAGGACCCGCGGCGCUGGUCCACAGGGGGUGGCCGACUGUGACGCCGGGAGCGAGGAGGAGGCAGAGGCCCCCCGUGUGGUCUACAAGUCCACCCGCUCGGCCAAACCCGCGGGGCCCGAGGACAUGGGGGCGACUGCCGGCUGCCAGCUGGGCCCCGACAAGGAGCGCGACGCACAGGCCAUCUUGGAGCGCAGCCGGAGGAGCCAGGAGGAGCUGAGGGGCAAGGAAGACGACAAGAUCUAUCGCGGAAUCAACAACUAUCGGCAGUACGUGAGGCCCAAGGAUGCCUCCGGCUCCUUGCGGAAGGGCCCCAUCCGCGCGCCCGAGCACCUGCGCGCCACCGUGCGCUGGGAUUACCAGCCCGAGGUUUGUAAGGACUACAAGGAGACGGGCUUUUGUGGCUUCGGAGACAGCUGCAAGUUCCUCCACGACCGGUCAGACUACAAGCAUGGGUGGCAGAUCGAACGUGAGCUUGAAGAGGGUCGCUAUGGCGUCUCUGAGGAUGAAAACUUCGAAGUGGGAAGCGAGGGUCAGGAACUACCAUUCAGCUGUUUCAUCUGUCGCCAGACCUUCCGAAACCCGGUUGUCACCAAAUGCAGGCAUUAUUUCUGUGAGAGCUGUGCAUUGGAGCAUUUCCACACCUCCCCACGCUGCUACAUCUGUGACCAGCUGACCAACGGCAUCUUCAAUCCUGCGAAAGAAUUGAUUGCGAAACUGGAGAAACAUCAAGCUACAAAAGAGGACGAGGGGAAGGUGCCAGAGGAAAAGGCAGAUGGUGGAGUAGGGUCCUGGAUAGGUGGCUUGUAA